AAGUCUGAUCUGGCAGCGUCUUCGUCUUGGCUUCCACAAUGAUUCUCAGUUACAAAUUCAUGAAUUUUGCUCACGAUUCGUACCUUUUUUUCUCCAGUGCCCAGAUAAGACUUGGCCUUCGGCUUGGCCACCCCACAGAGAGAGAGAGAGAGAGAGAGAGAGAGAGAGAGAAAGAGAGAGAUUGUGCGUUGAAAUACUGAAGAUACGGUUCCAAGUUCUCACCUUGAAAACUGAUCCAAAAAAACUGUUAGCCCCUCUUAACAGUCCAUCAGUCCCUAUCCAAUUUGUUUAUCAUAUGACGUUUCUAUUUUUUUAGUUUCUCCCAUCACAUUUACUUUGUAUUUAGUCCAUUUCUUCUGUUCACUCACUCACAGUCAAGAGAACCCAACUGGUUUCCUCUCAUGCAAUCCCCUGCUUAAGCAAAGGAACCCAAGGCACAAUAUGAUCUGAAUUUUUUUGCAUCUGCUAUUGAAUUUAGAUAUUAAGGAAAGCAUAAAUUGUCGACCGUAAAGAUGGAGAUAACCAAUGUUUCCGAGUAUGAGGCCAUUGCAAAGGUGAAGUUGCCAAAGAUGGUUUAUGACUACUACUCAUCAGGUGCAGAGGACCAGUGGACUCUUCGGGAGAACAGAAAUGCAUUCUCCAGGAUUCUGAUUCGACCUCGUAUUCUUAUUGAUGUGAGCAAGAUAGACCUGACCACUACUGUCUUGGGCUUCAAAAUAUCAAUGCCCAUUAUGAUUGCUCCAACUGCCAUGCAAAAAAUGGCACAUCCUGAAGGAGAGUAUGCAACAGCAAGAGCAGCAUCAACAGCUGGCACAAUUAUGACAUUAUCCUCAGGGGCUACCUCAAGUGUUGAAGAGGUUGCUUCUACAGGGCCUGGAAUUCGCUUUUUCCAGCUUUAUGUAUACAAAGACAGGAAUGUAGUUUCACAACUUGUAAGAAGAGCUGAAAGUGCUGGUUUUAAGGCAAUUGCCCUCACUGUUGAUACUCCAAGACUGGGUCGCAGGGAAUCUGAUAUAAAAAACAGGUUCUCUUUACCGCCAUUCUUGACAUUGAAGAAUUUUGAGGGAUUGGACCUUGGCAAGAUGGAUAAGACAGAUGGCUCUGGACUUGCUUCAUUCGUUGCUGGUCAAGUUGAUCGAUCUUUGAGCUGGAAGGAUGUGAAGUGGCUUCAGACAAUCACUUCGUUACCAAUUUUAGUGAAAGGUGUAGUAACUGCAGAGGAUACGAUUUUAGCCAUACAAAAUGGAGCAGCAGGUAUCAUUGUGUCCAAUCAUGGAGCACGUCAACUUGAUUAUUCCCCUGCCACUAUCAUGGCUCUGGAGGAGGUUGUUAAAGCUGCACAAGGCCGAGUUCCUGUUUUCCUGGAUGGUGGGGUCCGGCGUGGGACAGAUGUCUUCAAAGCAUUGGCGCUUGGAGCAUCUGGAAUAUUUAUUGGAAGGCCUGUUGUCUUCGCUUUGGCUGCUGAUGGUGAGGCUGGUGUAAGAAAGGUACUCCAAAUGCUUCGCGAUGAGUUUGAGCUUACUAUGGCAUUAAGCGGAUGCCGUUCACUCCAGGAGAUCACUCGUAACCAUAUUGUUACGGAAAGGGACCAACCUCGUCCUUUCCCUACCCCAAGGUUAUAAAGAUGCCUUGAAUAUCACCGAUGGGCCAACAUAUAAUCCAGUAAGUGUGAGGUUCCAUUUACAUCAUCAAGAGCCUGCCUGUUGUUGGAAGAGCUAAUUUCAGAUUCAAUGGAUUUGAGAUAAUUUGAAGAAUAUAAGUUAGUUAUGAUGGAUGCUACUUCCUCAAGUGGCUAUCCUAGCCUUUCCCCGUA